CCAGCAACCGAAGAGGAUCUGGGAAUUCAAGGUGCUUUCACAGGUAUAGCAGCAAGAGAGACCCAUGGUACGACAGAACGAAAGCUUUCGGAAGGCGUGAAGCAUAUGGUUGCCUGCAAUUUGAAGGCUCUUCGAAGACAGCAAUGA